GCGAGACGGUCGAUGGUUUUCGGAAAACGUACUCAACUUUUGACAAGCCUUCUUCAAGAGGCGCAUCCGUGGAAUAUGAACAGAGAUACUCACUUAGUGGCACAGAUUUAGAGAAAGAUGUUAGAGAAGACGUGGAGCUAAAGUAGACGAACGCUAGAGUCUGGCUGGAAAACGAGAAAUUUACUGACCUAUCAUAGCUGAGGAGAGUUCUUGUUGUACUGUAGUCUUUUAAAAUCAACCGAAAUUCAAAGUUACUGAAUGAACUCAAAAGAUCAGAAAAUCCGGUAUCUAGAACAAGCUAAUAUUCACCUGCACAACGUCAACAGAAAGUCUGAAGAAUCGCACGGAUGAGUUGAGCAUCAGAACAAACAACUAAGAUUGAGAUCUAUCAUUCUUCAGAAGAAAGUCACUGACAAUUCGUUACUCACUUUACAUACUGUCCUAACAUACGCGAUGUUUAACAGAGCAGCGGUCCUGUUGGGGGUGAAGAUAGCCGUCACGAUGUUAAUGAUGCUUGGAACACAACUGGAGGCAGCACCCACUGAGAGAGGCUUCAUGAAACCACCAGAUCCUCUUCUAAGCAUCAGUCAUUCAUCAACCACUUCACAAAAGUCAUUAAAUCCAAGCCAACACCUGAAAAACUGGCUUCUGAGUACCAAAGCAGCCAGACCGGACGGGACAAUGAAAACCACUCACAAAGCCGCUACAAGGACUAUCACAAGAAGCAUCAGACAAAUGAAGAUCCACCCUGACACUGCAGCUCCAGAUAAACGAGCCAAGAUGCUGAAGAUGAUCUCUGCCUUGGAGGAGCUGCACAGAGUAUUUAACAGCUCACUGAGCUCACGGAUCACCAUCAUGCCCCGAGCGAAUGGCAGAAAUUCCAGCAGAAAAAAUAAAGUGGUCCCAGCUGCUGCUGAGGUCGGAGUGAAGCCGACCACUGCAACCCCAGCAGCAGUCGACAGCACUGCAUCCAGAACCAGCGCUGAUGCUAUCGUCCCGAGUCUGACUGGUCGAAACUUUAGGAAGUCCCUCCCACCGCAGACCAAGAAGACCAACAAAAGAGUGUGCUUCUGGAAGUACUGCUCCCAGAACUGAUCAUCUCUAUCAUCUCUUCAAUCCAUCCACCUACCCAACCAUACAGCAUCUUUACAUUCAUGACAUCCCCAAUCAAAAAAACGUUCCCUCCUUGAUUCCCAAAUGGAUAUAGGUUCCAAGCACAUUGCACACAUGCGACACAGUGUGUAUAAUUCAGCUAAAUUUAUUUGGAUUGGAGAAUUUAUUUAUUGUCCGGUGCUGUUCCUGAGAAGACAAUUAAUCAAGACUUUGGUGAACCUGAAGGCCUUAGCUGGACUCAGAGGCAGGAAUAUAUAAUAGAAAACCGGCUUGUUGAUUGAAUUCAUUAGUCUGACUGUAUCUUCCAUCCCUCCAUCCCUUCCUCUCCUUUGUUUCCUCCCUGACCUCUGGGUGCUAGGAGACUGUCGCCGUGGCACCGCCAAGCUUGUCACCUCCCACCAGGCCGGCGCCAACCUUCACUCGGACCUUUUCAUUCGCUCAUUAAUUAACACGACUGACCAAUCAAAGAAGACGAUGUGCGCUCGUGGCAUGAACAAACACUCCUCUAAACUCUUUCCUCUGCAUUAGGAGACAGACACACGUCGCUUCUGUAUGUGUGCGCCAACUUUGAAAUAAAGUUCAUCUCUAGCAUGGCAAAUGCAAACUGUGACAAUAAAAAUUGAGAUUUUA